AGCGAGGAAUCGUGCCCCAUCAUUGGUGUCAGUGGGAGGAAUAGCGCCGCAUCAUUGGUGUCAGUGGGAGGAAUCGUGCCCCAUCAUUGGUGUCAGAGCAAAGAAUCGUGCCCCAUCAUUGGUGUCAGUGGGAGGAAUAGCACCCCAUCAUUGGUGUCAUUGGGAGGAAUAGUGCCCCAUCGUUGGUGUCAGUGGGGAGAGGAAUAG